UACGAGACCGAGUGGUCAGAAGUGUCGGCACAGGUCUGGCCCCAGGAGUCCAGCAUUGAACUGCUGGGGCUGAGCCCCGGGCACUGGUAUCAGCUCAACAUUAAAGCGGUGAACGAGGCCGGAGCUGGAGAACAGACCUAUCAUUUUGCUACGCUUACAGCUCAAGGAGUAGGUAUCAUGCACAGUAUCGCCGCUAUCGGAAAGGGAGCCCCCAUUAGGGGGGUUGGAGUCGAUCACAAUUGUGAUACCUGUGAUAUGUUCGGUGAUUGUGCUCACAGUUAUACUCGCCAUCGGACUCAUAGUCAUCAACAAACGCCGCCCGUUGACCAGUACGGGGCCCGGGGGUGGUGUGGGGACCCCCGGUAGCCGACACCCC